AAUUCUGACCUCAUAUACAAUGGACUGUUAAUAGCUUCAUCUUUCUGUCUCACAGUAAUUCUGGAUCCAUGUCAUUGGUUCGGUUGUGCCAUAAACUUAAUGAAAUUUUCAGAUGACAUGGUGAUAAUGAAUGCAUUAUAAUUUUCUUUCUUUCUUUCUUUUUUAUAUAAUUUAUUGGCAAACUUGUAUUCAGAAAAAAAAUGAUGGGAGGUGGUGGAGAAGGAGGUGGCGGAGAAGGAGGUGGCGGAGGGUCAGGUACUUCAAGGGAGCUUGAUCACACACCCACAUGGGCCGUCGCCCUUGUUGUUUCUGUCAUUGUUGUAAUCUCAAUCAUGCUGGAACAAAUUCUUCAUUUGCUUGGAAGGAUACUUAAAAAGAGACGCAAGUUUGCUAUAUAUGAAGCUCUAGAGAAGAUUAAAGACGAGCUUAUGCUUUUAGGUUUCAUUUCAUUACUUCUGUCAUUUGGGCAAUCAUACAUUGCCGAAAUCUGCAUUGCCUCCACAGUCGCAGAAACUAUGUUACCGUGUCCAAAAGGAGUUAAAGAGCAUUUUCAUAAAGUAAUCCAUGGAUAUGAUCAGAAUCGUCGCAGGCUCUUAUGGAAUGAGCGUAGAUCCUUGGGUGGCGGUGGUGGCGGCGGCAAAGGCUGCCCACAUGGGUAUGUGCCACUUAUAUCUAUCAAUGGGAUACAUCAAUUGCACAUUUUCAUCUUCUUCUUAGCAGCGUUUCAUGUGUUUUACAGUGCAGUUACAAUGAUGCUUGGAAGAGCGAAGAUUCGGAAAUGGAAGGAAUGGGAGGAACAAACUCAAGCUGAAUAUGCUCAUAUGAAUGAUCCUACAAGAUUUAGGCUCACUCACGAGACAUCAUUUGUGAGAAACCACACCAAUCAGUGGAUGCAAACUGCAUUUUCUUUUUAUGUGAUAUGCUUCUUUCGACAAUUCUUCAUGUCUGUUCGGAAAUUUGACUAUUUGACCAUGAGACAUGGAUUUAUCUCUGUUCAUUUAGCACCCAGAAGUAAUUUUGACUUCCAAAAAUAUAUUAAAAGAUCAUUGGAAGAUGACUUCAAGGUAGUCGUCGGAAUCAGUCCAGUAUUAUGGGCUUCAACAUGUAUCUUUCUGCUUCUUAACGUUCAUGGGUGGACUGUAGUUAUGCAAAUUGUCUCAGUAACUCCUCUCAUUGUAAUCUUAGCUGUUGGAACAAAGCUUCAGGGAAUUAUAUCACAGAUGGCAUUUGAGAUCAAAGAAAGACAUGCUGUAAUUCAAGGGAUACCUUUGGUGCAAGUUUCUGACAGCUAUUUUUGGUUUCAUCGGCCUCAGUUAAUACUUGACCUGAUACACUUUGUCCUGUUUAUGAAUGCCUUUGAGAUAACAUAUUUCUUUUGGAUAUGGUAUGAGUUCGGAUUAAACUCCUGUUUUCAUGACGAUUUUAUGCUUGCAAUCAUAAGAGUAGUUCUGGGGGUAGCAAUACAAUUUUUGUGCAGUUACAGCACCCUUCCUCUAUAUGCUCUUGUUACUCAGAUGGGAUCGAACAUGAAGCGAUCUAUAUUUGAUGAGCAAACUUCUAAGGCUCUAAAGGAGUGGCACAAAAAGGCCCAUAAGAAAACUGAGGUUUCAGUCCAUAAGAAAAGUGAGGGUUCAGUUAAAAAGAACGAACAAACCACUGCAAUUCCUAUACAACCCUUACGAGAUUCUGCAAGCAUCGCCAUGGACGAUAAUAAAGAUCAACAUCAACAGCAGCAGCAGCACCAUCACACAGGGCCUUCACCCCAACAGCCUCCUGAUCUUCUAAGUUGA